UUUUAAUGUUUUCCGGAAGUUAUAAUUAAAUUAAAGAAUAAACAAAUACGCUAUGGAAAUGGGCAGACAGAAGCAGCGACGCAAGCAGCGAAAACGUAAACAGCGGCGACGCAAACAGAGGGCCUUAAAUGCGGUUGCAGCAGGAGGCGUGGCAGGGGCGAUCAAAGAUGCAGUCCAAAAGAAAUCAGGAGAGAUCUGGAGCAGCACAUUUAAGAGUUUGCAGCAGUGGCAUCACCAGCAGGUGCAACGCAUCUGUCGAGUACAGGAGGAAGAAGAGAAUAUAGAAGAUGAAGAGGAGGAGGAGGAUGAGGAGCAAGAGACACUUCAGGAACAAGCAGAGAACAUGGAAGAUGAGUUUGAAGUAGAUCCCGAUUAUCUGAGCUUUUUGGAGGUGACCAUCAAACAUCAGCAGGAGCUGAAACAGAUGCGUGCAGCAGCUGCCACCGCCGAGGCCUAAAACACAACAGCACAUCAGGUUCCACAUCAGGUUCCACAUUAGCUUCCACAUCCCACCGAAACCUUACAUUAAGUUAAGCAAUAUAAAUAACCAACGAAAUAAUUUGGUACUUUUUUUAUCAAUAGCAGAAACGAUGAUAGUUCUUAAAACAUUUAUUAUAAACUGAAAAUGAUUUGUUAAAUUGGUUUAGAAUAUUGAGAGAAUAUUCUUUCCUGCUGAGAGGAAAAAUGUAGAAGAAAUGUUCUAAAAUCAACAUAUUGAUCUUAAAACUAAGAAUUUUGGUCAAAAAAUGCGUUGAAAACAUAAUAUUCUUAAAUAAGUUUUACGAACCUUUCAAAUAAGACCGAGUGCUUAUUAAAGGAAUUUAUGUUCUUGAAAAUAAAA